CUGGUGUCGAGCAAGGAUCCGCAGCAGGGCUCUUUUGCUGCUGCCGGGUCGAAGGUGGCCGUCGUGCAGCCAAAAAGCUGAAGUCGGCGAUUCGAGAGCAAGAAGUACAAAAGCAGCAGAAUUCGCCAUGGAGUUCUCGAGUGGCUCGACCUGGACUCUGCUCGUGAUCGGCCUCGUCCUUUGUUUCCUCGCGCCUCAGGGAGAGUGCAUCAAAUGCUACGAGUGCAACUCCGAGUACGACCCCAGAUGCGCCGACCCCUUCGACUCUUACACCAUUGGUGAAGUAGACUGUGAUCUCAAGCCAAAACUGGACCAUCUCAGCCACCUCAAUGCCACACUCUGCAGGAAAAUCUCACAAAAGGUGAAUGGUCUACACCGGACGGUGCGUUCUUGCGGAUACCUGCCUGCCGAGGACAACAAGCUGGGGUGCAUCAUGCGUUCAGGCACCUACGAGGUGAACGUGGUGUACUGCGCCUGUCAGGGCGACCUCUGCAACGACGGCUUCCGCGCCGCACCGGCCGCCCCGUUGGCGUUGGCCGCCGCCGCGGCCGCCCUCGUCGCCCGCAACCUUUUAUAACGGCCACGACGCUUCCACCGCCUUCAGAAAGAGCAUCGCAUGUAGAUCAAGGGAGAAAAAAGAGGCGCCACGGAUUUGUUAGGAUAAAAAAAAUCGCCCGAAAUUCUUGUUGGAUUCUGCGAGAUCAUCCGACAGAGUUUCGUUAAUUUAAAAAAAAGGAAGUUAAUAAGCUCCAUUUACCAAAAUCAACUCACGGCCUUAGUUUCUAAAAAUUGAAAGAAAAAAAAUCAAGGAGUGGUGUAUUUAAAGUACGGCUAAACAAUCGCGGAUCGAAAGAGUUUUGGAGUUAAAUUUGCAUAUUAGCGCACCUGAAGUAGAUUAAGUAAGACGAGAUAAUUAGUCAUCCAAGAAAAAAGGAAAAGUCGUUUAAAAAAAGAAACAACUCACCCCCCACACUUAAUUAUAGAGAAGGAACACGUAAAAUACUAAAAAAAAUGCGCCUAAAAAAACACGUGGAACGAGACGAGAUAUUAACUAACUAAUAAAACGCAAUAGCUGUGAUUUGAAUUCAAAGGAAUAAUAUUGCUUACUAAUAUUUACCGAGGAGAAGAGGAAGAAGAAGAAGAAGGUGUGGCAAUGGAAGUUAUCAAAAACUGCACUCGUACUUGUUAAAAAACAAAAUAAUAGAGUCACACAAUCACACCAAAAAAGCUGAAAGUAAACGCGCUGUGGCUUCGAAUAAUCUAGACGAUAAAAGAGAUUAAAAAAAUACCAUUUGCUGCUUGGACGCGGAGUUUUACAAAAAAAGGACUAUUAAAUUUGUUAAAAGGCGUACACGUAUUGGACGAAAAAAGUGUUUCUUUGUUAUACUAGUUGCGUUAGGUGCCGAAGUUUUCGCGACCCGAUCAGGCCGUUUCUGUGUUUAAUCAGCUAGAAUUAUUUAAAAAAAAAAAACAAAAACGCUGUUCAUUGAUUGUUGACGCUUUUGCAUUGUUAAGUAAUAUCACACAUACAUACACAUAAAACACGUUCACUCAAAAACACAUUGACGGGAGACCCUUAAAGUUGCUAGUUUGGAGUUGGGAUAAAUUCUGAAAAAGAAAAAUAAUUAUAUAUGCGUGGACUACAAGAGGCCGAUUUUAUUAUUAAAUAAAUCAAUUUAAAUAAUUUUCAACUAACCUAUAAAUUUUUGAACGAGUUGUGCAUAAUUUAAUAUUAAUAAAUUGAUUGUUUGUUGAAUUUUCAUCCACGCUAUUGUUUUUUGGUGAAAUUUAUGCGCAACGAAAACCAGUCCAAGGUUAAAAAACACUCGUUUAAAUUUAUUAGCGGUGAAAAAAAUAAAAUUCACGUUCGCAUAGCUGCAAUCAAGAAGUAUGUAAAUACAAUUAUGUACGUACGUAUUUCGGUCCGAGGUGAAUCGAGAAUUGCAUUUUGGCUGCUCAAUCUUGACUCAACUCUCGCGUUAAUUUUCCUCGCACCUCAGACUAGGACGAAUAUGUAUAAAAAAAAACAGACAGUUUCUUUGUGUGGGACGAAAGAAUCAAGUUUUUGACUCUUUAAGGCUCGGAUUGACACGAAAAAUAUGGCCUUAUCCUGGUUGGAGUAAUUUCUCCGACCAAAUUUAAAAAAAAAGAUAUUUUCUAAUUAUAAGAAAAAUAAAUUCGACUAACCGAACUGACCAAGCCUUAAAGAGGGCAAGAUGUCACAUGCAUAGCUCUAAUCGACCCUUGUCGUGAUAGUCUAACAAAAACCCACUCAGCAAUAUUCGCGCGCGAUUGAUAAACUGUCUCUCUCUCUUUCUCUCUAUCUCUCCUUAUUCUCGAGCCGUUUCCGCCACUGCCUGAGUUAUAUAAUUCCUUUUGUCCGGCUCAUCACUGUUGUGCAUUUUAGUUAGUUUUUCCAGGGGGUGGCUUUUUUCCAAGGCGAGAUUUUAUCUCGAGCCCGCAUUAGUUGUCAACCCUGGGUUCGGGCCGGCUUGUUGAAAAAGCCGGCGAUCCUUGUUUGUCAAGGCAUGACAUUAUUUAAAAAUAAUACAUAAAAAGUAUUAAUCUAGUCUGCUACAUAUGGUGUAAAUAAAACGUGAGAAUAAGUUUUAGAUAUUAAAGGUUGUGAAAAUAA